AUGAAAGACAGUGAAUUUAUUGGGGGAAAGCUAAAAUUGAAAGGGGUAAAAAUAAAAAAAACUGGAAAUAAAAAAAGUGAUAAAAAAAAACACACAAAAAAUGAUCAAGACAAAUAUGAUAUAAAAAAAAAAACAGAUCAUGAUCAUCCAGAUAGAGAAAAUUAUUAUAAUAGUAAUGGUGAAAAUGGUGAAAAUGAUGAAAAUGAUGAAAAUGAUGAAAAUGAUGAAAAUGAUGAAAAUGAUAGAAAUAAUGAAAAUGAUUUUUCAAAAGACGACGAAAAUAUACAAGAAUUAUUACAAUUAAAUUUAACCGAAUCAGAAAAAGCUUAUCAAUUAGUUUUAAAAAAAAGAGAAAAACAAAGAAUGGAAAAUUUUUUAAAAGAAAGUUAUCGUAAAAGAUUGCAAAAAUUUAAUGACAAUUUAGCUUCGUUAAGUGAGCACUUUGAUAUUCCAAAAGUUGGUCCUGGUUAA